AUGGUGGAAAACACGAAAUCUGCUUUGGCUGCCUUCUCCUCCCCGGGGUCGCUGCCCCUGCUGGUGCCGGCCGCGGGCGGCGGGGGGCUCCGGCUGGAGGCGGUGAUGGAGAAUCUGCAGCGGCAGCAGGCGGCGCGGCUGGCCCGCGGGGAGGAGAAGCUGCGGCGGGGGCAGGCGGAGCCCGGCCCGGGGCAGCUGCGCUCGGUGCUGGGGAGCCGCAUCCAGCAGUACCGGGCGGCGGUGCGCUGCGGGCUGCCCCCCCGCGGCCGCCUGGGGGGCUCCCCGCCGGGGCCCGGCGCCCCGGAGCACGCCGAGGAGGAGGAGGACUUGGAGGGAGAGGCGGGGGCGGCCCGGUACCCCCCGCGCUCCCCCAGCGCCCCGCAGCAGCGCCCGGAGCCCGCCCGCUCGCUCUCCCCGCCGCGCCAGCCGCCGCCCCAGCACCACGAGUGGACCUACGAGGAGCAGUUCAAGCAGCUCUACGAUCUGGACGACGACCCCAAGCGGAAGGAGUUUCUGGACGACCUCUUUGGCUUCAUGCAGAAGAGAGGGACUCCGGUGAACCGAAUCCCCAUCAUGGCAAAGCAGGUGCUGGACCUGUACGUGCUGUACCGGCUGGUGACCGAGAAGGGCGGCCUGGUCGAAGUGAUCAACAAGAAGAUCUGGCGGGAGAUCACCAAAGGCCUCAACCUCCCCACGUCCAUCACCAGCGCGGCGUUCACACUCCGCACGCAAUACAUGAAAUACCUGUACCCCUACGAAUGUGAGAGACAAGCCCUCAGCUCCCCGGGUGAGCUCCAGGCCGCCAUCGACAGCAACCGGCGAGAGGGACGGAGGCAGAGCUUUGGGACGGCACUUUUCAGCUACUCCCCCGUGGGCACCCCUGCCAUGCUGGCCUCCCCGAAGAUCCCCGUGCCAGCCCUCGCCAUCUCCACCCACAGCUGCAACCAGAUGAGCCAAGCGCACGCCAUUAAGAAAGAAGACGGAAUCCUGUCGGCGGCGGUGCCCAGCCGGAUCGCCAUCCCCGUCAGCCUGGCAGGGCACCACAUAGCCGCUGCCCAGGCGGCCGCCGCGUCCCAGGCGGCCGCGCUCGAGCAGCUGCGGGAGAAGCUGGAGGCAGGGGAGCCGCCCGAGAAGAAGAUGGCGCUGAUGGCGGAGGAGCAGCAGCGGCUGAUGCAACACGCCCUGCAGCAGAACCUCCUGGCCAUGGCCUCGCAGUUCCCCAUGAACAUCAAGCUCAGCAGCCGAGCAGAUGACAGACAGGAGACCGCAUUGAAUCUGUCCACCAACGGCAUUAGCAGCAUCAACAUGUCAAUAGAAAUAAAUGGAGUUGUCUACGCAGGAUCAGUUGGCCAUGGCGUGGGGGUGGGGACUCGCACAGACAGAUGGACGGACUUAUGCUGCAGCCAAGGUGGUGGACGGCAGCUCCCCUACUCGUGCCCGCUGGAGAACUCACCGUCCAGAGCCAGGAAUGGAACUGAGAUCCCUGAAUCUGAACGGUCCUUUGCUGUCCACAAACGUCCAUCCGUGAAACCCGCUGGCAAAGUGUCUCUCAUGCCAGUGGGCUGGCAGAAGGGCUACGCACCCCAGUAA